UUCCUUCUAUUUAUAAUCCAUGUCUUUAACAUUCAACCAGGGACAGGUUGAACAUUAACAACAUUAACAACAAGAGUUCAAUGGUUAUGUAAUCAGGGAACAAGUGUGAACGCGUCCUUGAAGUUACCGCUACAGCUGAAGGUAAUUCAAUUUAUAUACCUUUGAAUAGAUAGGAAACACAUUACUCAACUUGUGACGUGACUGUGGCACAUCUCUCCUCCUGAUAUUCUGAGACUUCAAGAGAGAAGGACUGAACAGGACAUGUUUGGAUUUCUUUUCAGGGAUUAGUGGCCUUUAUGCUGCCAGCAGUCCAGAUGACUCAAGUCUUUGUUUAUGGGACCCUGAAGAGGGGACAGCCCAACUACUCCAGGAUGUUGGACCCUGUCAACGGGAAGGCUUCCUUCUGUGGCCGAGCCAGCACCAUUGACAAGUUCCCUCUGGUCAUCGCUGGCGAAGGCAACAUUCCUUUCCUCUUGAACAUUCCCGGACAGGGCCACCACCUCCAGGGGGAGGUCUUCUCCGUUGAUGACCAGAUGCUGGCGUUCUUGGACUGCUUUGAGUUCAUCCCCUACAUGUACCAGCGCACCCUGGUGAAACUGAAGGUGGAGGAGUGGGUAGAUGGGGCUGGCUGUGCCCAGACUCCAGGGAGCACAAUAGAGGCCUUUACGUACAGCACCACCACCUACCAGCCAGAGUGGGUGAAGCUGCAGUGUUUUGAGAACUAUGACGCCUAUGGUGAUCAUGGUUUAGAGUACACCACUCACUUUUAGAAACGGUUGAUUAUAUUUUUUUGUGUUGUUAGCAGAAACCAGCACAAUCACAAUAUUUCUGAGGUUUUCUGUGCUAGUGUGUUCUUUUUUUUUGCACCCUGGUUGGGGCACUAUUAGUUUGGAAGAAAUCUGCUGUUUCAGAAAUGAGUUUGUUAAUAGUGAUCCUGUCAAUCACCUUGUGUUACCACUCUUCCGUUUCAAAUCUGAAUGAGCCGGGACUCAUAACACUGCAUGUAAUAUUUCAUCAUUCCAUAAACCAGGUACAUAUCCAGUAUACGUUUUGCUUUCAUGAGUAGGUAGGACUGAUGAUAUUCAAACAAGAGAAUCCUGUGUGUGGCGAAAUUUUCAUUUUCUGUAUUUGACCUACCUGUUUGUAGUGUCAUGGAAAGGCACGGGGUGUCCAGUGGAUUAUAAGAAUAAUACGAACAUAAAACGAUUUUAAUAUGGUGUAAUAAAUAAAGUAAUAACUAAAGCAGUACAUAGCAAUUAAGUGGUGCUGAAUUAUUAUACCUAGUUUACUUUACUUUUCUUUCAUCUUUACUG